AUUGAAAAGUGUCAUGGUGGCGUUUAGCAUCAAGAAAGCGCAGUUCACCGACAGAAAACGGUUUGAAUCGCUUUAUUUCGAUGGUGUAAUUCAUUUUGGUCUUUUCCAGAGACCGCAACUGUCGGACUCAACAUAACGUGCGCGUCAAACAGUUUUAGCGUUCGUUUAAUCCCGUUGUCGCGCUGAAUGUGCCGCAGCUGGGCGUGUAGCGGCGCUGAUUGUCCCUGUCAUCAUGGGUGACAUGCAGCGCGAGGAUGAACUCCGGCCGGUUCCCAAAGAGCGAGCCGUGCUCGAGAGUUUCUUCACUCAGCUCGGGAUGUUCUGGUUCGACAGGGCGAAGGAUUAUGUGGAGAAGGAGAAGGACGCCAGUAAGAGCGCCGGGGCCAUCUGGGCGUCCCUGCUGGCCGCUCUCGCACACCUGGCAGCCGCAGAGAAAGCCUACCACAACAUGACUUUCCUGGGGCAGAAACUAGGUGGUCAGUCGUUCUUCAGCCGUAAGGAUUCCAUCAGAACCAUCUAUACGUCCCUGAACAACGAACUGAAGAAGGUGGUCUCCAUGGGCCGCCACACAUCCGGAGGCUCCACUCCUAACCUGGAGGAUCUCUUGUCGCAUUUGUCCGAGCAGCUGUGUCACUUCACGCAGGCCAGGAUGGAGAUCGCAGACUUCUAUGAGAAGAUGCAUUCGCUGGGCAGCCAGAAGACUGUGAACUCAGAGGAGCUGGUGAGCACACUGGAGAGCAUUCUGCAGAAGUACAGUUCCAGAUUCCACCAUCCAAUCCUGAGCCGCCUCGAGAGCAGCUUUCAGGUGGAGGUGGAUGUCUUGACGCAGCUGUUACGAUGCCAAGCGCAGAUCUCCGAGUGGCAUUUCCUCCCAUCUCUGCUGAACCUUCACGGCGCCCAUUCCAAACUUCAGGCGUGGGGUCAAGUGUUCGAACGGCAACGAGAAACCAGAAAACACCUCUUCGGAGGCCAAUCCCAGAAGACCGUCCAGCCUCCGCACCUCUACCUGUGGCUGCAACGCCUACAAGCGACGCUCCUAGCCAAAUUCAGCUUCUACUUCCACGAGGCUCUGAGCCGCCAAACGUCCCAGUCCGAAAUGAAAACCCUGACGGCUAGGACCUCCCUAGAUUACUUCGGCAAGAUCUCAGCCUUCAUUCGCAAGCACGACGCGUCGAAUGUAUCCUUAGUUUUCGAUAACCGCGGCUCCGAGAGCUUUCAGGGACACGGUUACCACCAUCCGCACUCCUACCGGGAAGCUCCCAAAGGCGUAGACCAGUUUCCAGCCGUCGUGUCGCUUCCUGGCGGAGAAAGGCCGGUCACGCAUUGGCCCAAUGUUAUCAUGAUUAUGAGCGACCGCUCAACGGAACUCAACGCUCUGGAUAAGGUGGUCCACUUUUAUGACGAUAAAGUCCAGAGCACGUACUUCCUCGCACGCCCCGAACCGCAUUUCACAAUAGUGGUGAUCUUCGACGGGAGGAAGUCAGAGAGGGACUCGAACAUCGUGCCAUUCCUACAGGAGCUGACGGGAUCGCUGAGAAACAACAAACCCUUUACUACACUCAAACCAGGCUCUAAAGGCUGAACGUCUUCAUAUUUACCAAUACAAAUGCUACUAUUUUUCAUCCUAAAUAUAGUUUAUUUUAAAAGGACAUUAGCGCUGUGGCUCUUUUAUUCACUGUGCUGCUGAAACUCUCAUUUUAUCAUCUUCCCUUUGAAUGACUAUUAAAGAGGUCCAACAGCUUCAUGAUUCAAACACUUUCAGACCAAAGACGAAUAUCACAGCUGUGACUGUUUGUCUUGUUUUUUUUUUUUUUAACACGCUCACAAAUGAGUUCUUUCAGCUCGUGUUCCUGCUUAGCAAUUGCGUCUGCUUCGCCGAAUGUGAAUGGGACCCACUGCAAAGAAUUUUGAUUUCCCCCUUUUAUUGUUAAUGUAACACAUUUUAAUAACUUUUGGUUUUAAUGUUUUGACACUUUGUGUCAUUUUCACUUCUGAAAUAAAGUUUGGAGUUGUCUGUCAUACUGUAA